CAGACUAACACUCUCCUCUGUACAGAAACAAGAACGUUUUUUUCAAAGAAAAUGAACAUGAUAGCAGCAAGCUCCUCAAUUGUUUCCUGCAACUCUUCUCUCCCGCCUCUCAAACCCAAUUCCCAUCUCCCAAAAUCUUCAAUUUCUCUUCCCAAAUCCCCAAUUUCAUUCCAUAAUGACUCGAGCCACAGCUGUGAACCCAUAAAAAUCUCGCCUUUAACACUCAAACCGGCGAAAUUCCGCCGCCGGAGCUCGUUGAACGCCCAAUCCCAGCAAGACCCGCCUAUUGUUUCUGCUUCUCCCGACGGAAAUGAGACUGGCGGAGGCGGAGGCGGCAGCGGUGGAGAGGAGGAGGAGAGGGACUGGACGACGUCGUUUCUGCUGUUUGGUUUCUGGGCUGGUCUCAUGUACUACGUUUUCUUCCUCGCUCCUAAUCAAACACCGGUCACGGAUGUUUAUUUUUUGAAAAAGCUACUGAAUUUGAAAGGAGAUGAUGGCUAUGUGAUGAAUCAAGUGUUGGUUGCUUUGUGGUACAUCAUGGGUUUAUGGCCCUUGAUUUACAGUAUGCUGCUCAUCCCUACUGCCAGAAGCUCGAAAAGCAAGAUCCCAGUUUGGCCAUUCGUUGUUCUAUCAUGCUUCGGAGGUGCAUAUGCUCUCAUUCCCUACUUUGUUCUGUGGAUGCCACCUGCUCCGACUGUUGCAGAAUCGGAGCUGAGGAGAUGGCCUUUGAAUUUCCUUGAAUCGAAGAUAACUGCCGGGGUUACGUUGGCUGCAGCAGUGGCAAUAACGGCUUAUGCAGUUUCAUCCGGUGGUGAUGUGUGGAAGGAAUUUUUCCAGUAUUUUCGAGGGAGCAAAUUUAUCCACAUCAUGAGUAUUGAUUUCGCUCUCCUCUCAACGUUCGCACCCUUCUGGAUCUACAAUGACAUGACUGCUCGAAAAUCGGAUGGGAAAGGCUCUUGGCUUCUUCCCCUCUCACUAGUCCCAUUCUUAGGCCCUUCCCUCUAUCUUCUCCUCCGGCCCUCGUUGUCUGUUGCUCGAGAGACAACCUCAGACGAGGCUCUGUGAACGAGGCCUCUCGAUGAAAGAAGAACUAAACUUGGUGCCAUGUAUAAAGGUUGAAGGAAUCUAUGCUGCGAUGAAGGUAGCAUGUUCUACAAUAGACUUGAAGAAGUGAAGAAAAUUUUGAUUAUUGUAGUUUUGUUCAUAACUUAAUUUGAUCAUUGUUGAAAUUGGAAAUGGAUUUUUGAUGAUAUGAUAUGAUAAAAAUACAUGAAUUAUUUUUCUA